AUGGUCCGCUACGCCGCACAGUCGAUCCCAAACGCGAAGAGCGCCCGCGCCCGGGGCUCUUACCUACGUGUCAGCUUCAAGAACACCCGUGAGACCGCCCAGGCCAUCAACGGAUGGAAGUUGCAGCGCGCUCUCGUCUACCUCGAGAACGUCAUCAACCACAAGGAGGCCGUGCCCAUGCGCCGAUAUGCCGGAAGCACUGGUCGUACCGCCCAGGGCAAGGCUUUCGGUGUCUCCAAGGCUCGCUGGCCCGCCAAGUCUGCUGAGCAGCUCCUCGGUCUCCUGAAGAACGCUGAGGCCAACGCCGACACCAAGGGUCUCGACACCAGCAACCUCGUUGUCAAGCACAUCCAGGUCAACCAGGCCCCCAAGGGACGCAGACGUACCUACCGUGCUCACGGUCGUAUCAACCCCUACAUGACCAACCCUUGCCACAUCGAGCUCAUCCUUACCGAGGGUGAAGAGGUCGUUCAGAAGAGCCCCGUCGCCGUUGCCCAAUCCGCCCGUCUCACCUCCCGCCAGCGUGGUGCCCAAAUCCGUCGCGCCAUCACCGAGGCUUAG